AUGACAAAUUUACAAUUUGAUGAGUUCAUCGAUAAAAUGAAUAAUAUAUCAUAUGCGGAAGACUGGUUGUUUAAUGAGCCCGAAAGGAACAUACUGCAAUUAUUCAAACCCGAAGCCAUGAUCUUCACGAUGGCAAGAGCUACGACCGCGCACGAUGUGUUGAGUCGAACACUGGAUCAAAUAGAUACAGAGAUCAAUGGGUAUCUACCCGAGAUCGUUGUAAAGACCUUCGUUCUUUUUAAGGCUGCGAUACAAAGGCUCCAUACAAGCAUGAAGUAUGCAAUAUGGGACAUCAGAACCAUAUACAACAAGCUGAUAAGCUAUUACGUUCAUUCAGAAAAUUUACCCAGUCACCAGCUGAUGAACCCGUUCUAUGGUGACACAACCAAGGAUGAGACAGAUCUAAAGGAUGAUUUUUCCAGGGCAUAUAUGCUAUUCCGACAACAACAGCUGAAUCGUAUCAAAGCAGGCACCCAUUCCGAUAGAUAUACGAUUGACGAUGAUGGGACAGGCAACGUCGAUUUCCUCAGAGAAGCAAUCGCCGCUAUAGUGGCGGGUCGCCUGAGCACAAUAGAUUCGAUCAACCACAUUCUUCUUCCCACCAUCAGGCGCGAGGUGACUACCAAGUUAGACGACAAAAAGAAAACAAUCCAGUAUUACUACGGCAGCCUCUUCCUCAUGUUCCUCAAAUCAAAGAACAUCAGGCGCGCGAUAGACCGGAUGAAAGACACGAUCGACAUUGAGGAGGGAUACACGUUCUCGAUGAACGAACUCAUCAUGCCCGACAUCGAUCCAUUACCCGGAGUCUUGAACACUGAAAAGACCCUGAUGGAGCUUGUGGGAAAGACCAAUGAUAGGAUCCGCCUCGCAAGGAAUCGCAUACUCAACGAGAAGCUGAUCAUCCUGCGCGACUUCCAGAUCAACGAAACCCUACCGGCGCUGCUACAGAUGUCCGAGAUCUACAACAAGGUGAUGGACAGCAUCGCCACGCUGUACGGUUUCUCCGGUGCCGCAACGAUGUACCACAUCAUCAAGUCGGUCUACCACGAGUUUGCAGUCAACGGGAACAAAAUGAGCGUCGAAAACGACAAGCGGGUGAACGAUAUGCUCCGUUCCUACACUCUGAGCAUCCGACAUGUGAAGGAGAAGGAGGAGAACAUAGGAAAGGCCAUCCACGCCCUCCUCUCAGCGGUCGAGGGCAUGAUAGAGCGCGUGAAGAUCCAGAACAAACCCAACGAAUCCGCAAAACAAGCGAAGGCCAUGAGACACGUCAUCGACACAAUCAAGAACCGCACCAACCAUGCCAACCCCAUCGUUUCAGCCCGCUUCCAAUUGGGGCUGGAGGAUCCUGAUGGCAUCUUUCUCGGGAAACUGAAGUCGACCUCCGAUGCGACCAGGCCAAGGCGAGCGCGGGGCAACAACUCCGCGAGGGCGCGAUACCGGCUCCUCGUGUCCAUCCGAUCGCAGAUCAUUCGGCUCAACAACACCUUCAAGUCCAUUAAGGAGGAGCUCUACCACAUCAGCAUGAAGGGUUGUGAGGCAAAGGAACUUAGGGUUUAG